CACCGUGCAGUCGCGCCUACUGACUUCUCCUGGAGGUGCACGGGCAUAACUUACUCUGAUCUACUUUCUUCACUGGAGGAUGUUCGAGCAUGAUAAAGAUACUGCAGGUGCUGAUGUGGGCUCUCAGUGGACUCAUCCAAACUCGUUUUAUAUCUAUAGAAAGCUAGAAACACCAUUGAGCUUUCGGCUUCUGAAAGUCGAACGUCCUUCCCACCGGCAACAAGACGGCAGGGGGGUCUUUUCCCUCGGCAGCCAAAGAAUAUCGCCGAGCCACACAUGUUCGGCGCGUGGAACAUUGGAUGUUGAAGGAUCUCCCGAGCUUGGAGAUGUCCCGUGCUACUACUCGUUGAUCGAGUCAACUCUGGAUCAAGCGCCCCAUUACGAGGCUCUUUCCUACGUGUGGGGUACAAGUGAUCGAAACGAGACAAUCACCCUCAAUGACGGGAAGCUUCUGUACAUCACAAAACCAUUGAAGGAAGCUCUUGCUUUCGUGGAGAGACAGUGUUCAACUGGAUAUCUGUGGAUCGAUCAAAUUUGCAUUGAUCAAGAUGACAUGAGCGAACGUGGUCACCAAGUCAAACUCAUGGGUCAGAUAUACACUUCGUGCCAUCGGGUUCUGGUGUGGCUUGGUCGAGUGAGCAAGCCCGACGCUGAGCUCCCUCCCACAGAGGAUCUUGGGGGCAGCCAAUUACCAAAGGACCUAUUGAUUCCGAAAGUUUCGUCCAUGGGGCACAUGUUACGUGGUCUCCGCAAAGCGCAUGGACCUCGUCGUUCCUCUACGGAAAGCUUCUGGUUGGAGUUGUUGCAGUCGACGUGGUAUCAGAGAGCAUGGGUUUUCCAGGAAGUCGUGCUACCCCCGUCCGCAAUGUUCAUUCUAGCCACGACAUCGACGCUCCCAGAUCAAGCGCGCAUGAUCUCCCUCGCAGAUCUUCACGCAAAGGUAGAAGGCAUAAAUGAGCCCAACACAGCAGUCGAUAACAUUUGCAUUAUGUACGCUCGAUACAUCGAACAGCGCAGACAUACCAGCCAUAAUUACUCCCCCAUCGAGCAGACGCUUUCGCACUUAGCACCUCGCGCGAAAACCUCGGAGCAGCUUGAUCGCCUGUACGCGUUCUUCGGGCUUAAUCACGAUUCUUUCAUCAAUUUGACACCUUCGUAUGAUUCUACCCUAGAGGUCGCCAUGAUCGAUACAGCUACCGCAAUAAUAGAAGGAACCGGCAGCUUAGAUCUCUUCGAAGUGAUCCCUAGGGCCGUGGAGAACACGAAACAUAAAACGCAAAUCCCGACUUGGACGCCAGAUUUCAGAGAAGAUAACCUCGUCGCGCCAUUUGUACGAUCAAAAAUCAACUUUCGACAAGAUCUUAGUGCACGCUCAGAGUUGUAUCCUGUGUUUCUCCCUACGCAUACCACAUACUACCGUACCACCUGGCGUGGUUCGAUCUACUGUGCGGGCGAGGAGAAGCGGACGAUACUGGCUCAUGGGUUUGUGCUAGACCACAUUGAAACCGAGAUAGGCACGUUGUCUUCCCUAACGGCUACCGAGAUCCAUCUCAACGCGUUGUUGGACCGUUGCAUCAAGGCAUGGAACAGGAUAAAGAGGCAUGCUGAGCACAAAGCCUCUUCAGCGUCAAGACAGAAACGUGAAAGCACCGGACUUGCCGAAUCCACCGUUGACCUUGGCUUCGCUCCAGAACCUACCAUGACAAGGCUGCGCCGGGCUCUUGUUGCGGAUCACUGUUGCGCAGCGAGCUACGAUCGUUUACCGUCUGGCCCACCCGACGUUGCAGACAGUAAAUUAGCGCCAGAGCAAGCUAUGGUAGAAGUCAUGCGUGGCCGCACGCUGUGGAUAACGCGAUCUGGUCGGUUCGCGCUGGGGAGCUAUCUAUGCUGGGGAGAUCAUAUUUGCCUUGCUUAUGGGUGCUCAAAUCCCAUAGCGCUCCGAUUCGAGACUACGACACAUGUUUUGGGAACCUGUUAUCUGGAAGAUUGGAUGGAUCCGUGGACCAAUGGAAGUAUUGAAAGGCUUGAAGAGAAGUCUGCUCCCAUUAGGUUUCAUAUAGUAUGACUGGCAGUCAGGUGUGCAGUAGGGCAUAUGUUCAGCGCCCAGUUUGGCCAGAUAUAUGACGUG